AUGGCCUCUGGUGGUGAUGAUGAACUAUUGGUUGACUGUGGCCAUGGCCAUGGCCAUGAUGUCUUCGUCUAUGAUGAUGAUGGCCAUGGUGGUGAUGUAUUGGUUCAUAAUAAGGGUGGAAGAAGGGGUGACCAUGGAAUAGAUCCCAAUGAUGAUGAUAACGACCAUGAUGAUGAUGUUCAGAAGAAUGAUGAUGCUCAUGAUGCUCAGGAGAGUGAUGUCUGUGGUAUGGCUCCCAAUGAUGAUGAUGAUGAUGAUGCUCGGGAGAGUGGUGCCUGUGGUAAGAGUGGUGCCUGUGGUAUGGCGCCCAAUGAUGAUGAUGUUGGGAGUGAUGCCUAUGGAUUGGCUCCCAAUGAUGACUUCUCAUAUGGUGGUGACGAUGAUGAUGUGGUAUAA